CGCAAUGUGGACAUCCUUGUGCCUCCCAGCCCCGUCCGGUUGGGGAAGAUGGUGGCGUUCGCUGUCUAUAUGAAGACUGAGUCGCUUGCUGAGCAAUUCAUCCUGAGGGUGUGGUUCCAGUCUGGCAUCAGCUUCCUGGCGGUGAAGCCCAGCGACUUGGUGGCCUGGGAGAUCAAACAGGAAAUGGCGCCUGGUGGAGGAUCCCUGGCCGUCAUGUGCCAGAGGAAAUGCAGUCUGCAAAAUGAAAAAUUGGAGAGUCCAUCAUAUGAGGUGAUGCAGUUGGACUUUGAGGUGGACAAUGUGAUCACGUUGGCCCCCACUCAAACUUUGCACUGGAGCGUGGAGUAUGCAUCGGGAGCUCCGUCCUCAGCGGAAAGAGUGUCGCACAUUUACAUCAGCAACGAUGACAUCCAGGGCAUCGUACCACUCGCACAGGACACAGAACUGUUGAACACGGCCAUUCUGACUGGACGCCGGGUGUCUGUGCCUGUCAAACUGGUCACGGUGGGGAUGGACGGUCAGGUGAGGGAAGUGGACGAUGCGCACAGCUGCAGCUCGGCUGAUGUCGACGUGCUCAAGGUAUCACCAAACUGUGACGAGGUUCUGGUGAAUGGCAAGGAGAUACGCGGGCGUCACAGUGUGUCAGUGGCUUUCGCGUACAUGCACUUGACGGCCAAGCUCCUCCUGAACGUUUGGGUGCCCAAGCUGCCUCUGCAGAUCCAUGUCUCCGACACCGAGCUUAGCCAGGUCAAAGGCUGGCGUGUGCCUAUCGCCCCCAACACAGCUACCACCACCAACUCCAACAGUCGGAGGCCUACAAGAGAUAGCGAUGAUGACGAUGACGACGAAAGGAAGGGCAAAGGAUGCACGCUGCAGUACCAGUACGCUCUGGUGAGGGUCCUCACUCACUUUGUGGCCGAGCCUGCCGACCCAGGAGGGGAGGUGGUUCACAUGCUGGGUGCCGACUGGCAGGCUGACAUCACUCACCUUGUCCUGGAUCAGCUCAAGGUGGAAGAUGAACGUAUCGCCAGGCUAGUGGACGGACGAGUUCUCAUUGGACGAGACUUGGGCAUCACCACCAUACAGGUGUUGUCGCCUCUGUCUGACUCCAUCCUAGCGGAGAAAACAGUAACCGUGUUGGAUGACAAGGUCACCAUCACAGACAUGGGAGUCCAGCUGGUUGCUUCUCUGUCUCUCGGCAUGGCGGCCGCUGGUGGAAAUUACCAGGCCAUACAGCUGAGUGCUACUGCCAGUGACCUGAUGCACGCACCCAAACAGGAAGCAGCCAUCAGCGCAUGGAUCCACUAUAGCGAUGGCUCGGUUACGCCGCUCGACAUCUAUGACCCCAAAGACUUCCUGCUGACUGCUGUGUCAUUGGACGACAAUAUCAUCUCCGUAACCAAUCAGGAGCAACAGUGGCCCGUGGUGAUGGCAGAAGGUGAAGGCCAGGGUCCGCUGGUGCGUGUGGAGAUGGUGAUCUCAGAGACAUGCCAGAAGUCCAAGAGGAAAAGUGUACUGGCUUCAGGUAUUGGCAACGUUGCAGUCAAGUUUGGUGUUUCUCGGAGUGACGGAAGAGGAGAAGAUGGAGACAGAAUUCUGGAGGAAGGAGGCGGAGCAGACAAUGGCACAGAACAGCUGAGAGCUGGAGACGGAACGGAGUGGAAAUCUAAAAGUGUAGCAGUGGCUGUGGACCGCGAGGAAGGAGCCAUGAGGAAGGUCAGCCUAACGACAAAGAGCACCGUGACCCAUCGGUCAUCAGGCGGGAAAGCAGGAAGCGGCGGUCGCAUCGGGAGCGGGGGUCCGAGCCAGGCCGGGGAUUAUGCCAGCUACCCGGCACAAGUAGAGGUGCCCGGACCCGCGGACAGUGAGCUGACCCAAACUACUAGAGGACUGUCUGACCUGGAGAUCGGAAUGUACGCCCUCCUUGGGGUCUUUUGUCUGGCCAUACUUGUCUUCCUCAUCAACUGUGUCAGCUUUGCCUUCAGGUACCGACACAAGCAGGUACCUGUGCUGGAGACGGGCGGCAACAUGAACCACGCCCACGAUUGGGUUUGGUUGGGUAACGAGGCCGAUCUCCUGGCGGACCACCCGGACCACACCGACCCGUGUCCGGGGCCGCUGCCCGACGAGUGUACCACCAUCAUCGACCGCAACGAGGAUGCCUACGAGGAGAGCAAGUACCUUCUUAAUGGAUCAGGUGCCCCCUUGGCCGUAUCCGCCAACAGGGGCGGCGGGGGGCACCGAGGCGUCUCCCGCAGCCAGACCUUACCCCGAUCCCUCCAGGAUUCCCACCAGUGCCUUUCCGCUAUCACCUCCGCCCGACACGACCCCGAGCAUCUCAACAACUCCCCGAGGGCGACCGCCAAGCGCAAACGGGUCAAGUUCACGUCGUUCGCCACGGUGCUGCCCAACGACCAUCAUCAGGGAGGGGGCGGCGGCCCGUAUGCCAACCCCUCAGUCCUGCUUGGAAAGGGCGGUGAGGACGACAUCAAGUGGGUCUGCCACGAUGUGGACAUGGGCCAGUCGGAAAUCAGGAGCUACAUGGAAAGGCUACAAGACAGUUUGUGA